CACACACACACACACACACACAAACACACACUCUCUCUCUCUCUCUCCUCAUGCUCAGCGUUUCAGAGUGUUGAUCUGUCAGGUCUGAAACACACAGCUCCAUGGGUCUCCUCUCAGUCUCAUUCACAGCAGAUCCGGAUACCAGAGGAGCGUGUGUGUGAUGUGUGCGUGAAGGGCCUCGUCAUGCAUGCUCUCAGACUGUGCUUGUGUGUGUGUUUAGCCUCCGCUCAGCUCUCCUCGUCCGGCCAGCGGUCGACGGUGGUCCGCGGAGGGUCGGAGCGGAUUAAAGUGCUCUUCACUCCCACCAUCUGCAGGCUGCGCUGCACUCAGGGACGCUGCACAAACUACUGCGAGAGCGGCAACGUCACCACCAUCUACAACAGCGAGCACGGGGGACACACGCCAGCGGGGUCCGGCUUCAGAGUCUUCUUGUGUCCGAUGUUGUGUAAGAACGGAGGAGUGUGUGUCCAGAAGGAUCAGUGUCUCUGUCCGCCAACCUUCACCGGGAAAUUCUGCCACAUCCCCGUCUCCUCCACCACCACCUCCACCAAUGACAUCGAGAAGCCAGAGGCAGCUGCUGCGGAUUCAGCCAAUCAGGCGAUGACGUCUGAAUAUAUCCUGCCGCUGCAGACGCCUGAGCAGAUCAACACCGAUGUUUCCCCAAUGGUGAAGGUUCGAGUCCAGCAUCCUCCAGAAGCCAGUGUGAAAAUCCACCAGGUGCUGAAAGUGGGUUACGGCCCGACGGUUCACGAACACUCAGAAACCGUAACCUGGUCUGCGGGUCUUUCUGGAGCCCGUUCACAUCAGUUACCGGGAGAAAGAUCUGAGGCGCCACCACCGCGCGUCAUUCAAGCCCAGACCAUACGUGGAGAUUCAGUCUACACAGAGUCAUCGGGCUUCAAAUACUGCUUCAGAGAAGUCCGCAAUGGACAGUGCAGUUCUCCUCUGCCGGGUCUGCGCAGUCAGGAGAUGUGCUGCAGGGGUGUUGGCAAGGCCUGGGGAAUCAACGAAUGUACGCUCUGUCCCGCCGUCUCAGGGAACAGUGUGAAUGGUCAGGCUAGCUGCCCCAAAGGUUUUGACAGGGUCAACGGGACGCAGUGUGUGGAUAUUAACGAGUGUUUGCAGCCGGGUUUCUGUGAAAACGGGAACUGUGUAAACACCCGAGGAAGCUACAGUUGUGUCUGCAAUGAGGGAUUCUUGCUGGACGCCUCUCACGGGAUCUGCAUCUCACAGAAGGUGAUCUCGGAGGAGAAGGACCAGUGUUUCCGGAUCCUGAACCAGGGCGCCUGUUCUCUGCCCAUCCUGAGGAACAUCACCAAGCAGAUCUGCUGCUGCAGUCGAGUGGGCAAAGCCUGGGGGAAAAAGUGUGAGUUAUGCCCAUUCUUCGGCUCAGCUGCCUUCAAGGAGAUCUGUCCUGCCGGUCCGGGCUACCAUUAUUCAGCUUCGGCUGUCAAGAUUAACCAGAGGGUGGCUGAUAUUGUAGACAGCAGCGGGACAAAUGUGCGCACAUCCACACAAGACAAACAAUCCCAACCUGAGAGCUCCAGGACAAACUCACAGUCCACCAGAACCCAGCAAACCACCAACACACACACCAUCAGAGUUCAGCAACCCUCAAUCUCUCAGUCCAGCAGACCACAGCAGCCGGACACGGGUUCGGUUAUCAUCAUUACUCAACCCAAACGAAACCAGCCAACAGCCGGCAGGACCACAAAUAUCCAUGUUGGGUAUUCGCCAUCAUCCACCAGCCAACCGGCCCGAGCGAACACACCUGUUAUCCGGACACAAACCAGCCGGCCUUCGGUUAACAGACCGCCGGUGUCUCCAGUCAGACCUCCACCUGUCACACCACGACCACCUUCAACCAGACAGGAUGUGCGUGUGUGUGAGUCGAGACCUCAGGUGUGUGGUCCGGGCCGCUGUAUUGAUCUGCCCGGCGGUCGACACACAUGUGUGUGUAACACUGGAUUCAUCCUCAAUCCUCAACAAGGCCACUGCCAAGACAAAAACGAGUGUGUGUUGACGCCCCGGCCGUGUUCUGUUGGGGAGUGUGUGAAUACACCUGGCAGCUUCCGAUGUGUGUGUCCAGCAGGAUACCAGACCAACUCCCAGCAGACCCUCUGUGUCGAUCUGGACGAGUGCCGUCAGGUGCCCAAUCCCUGUAUUAACGGCCGCUGUGAAAACACACUCGGCAGCUUCAGGUGUGUGUGCAGGACUGGAUACAAACUACAGGACAACAGCUGCAUAGACAUCGAUGAGUGUGUGGACCCGCUCCGCUGUCCAGGUAAAGAGUGUGUGAACUCUCAGGGCUCGUACAGGUGUGUGUCCUGUAGACCUGGCUUUGAUCUGCUCAACGGACAAUGCUCAGAUAUUGAUGAAUGUCGCCGGACGCCGUCUCCGUGUCCAGACGGACGCUGUGAAAACACAGCAGGCAGCUUCAGAUGCUCAUGCCGGACGGGAUACAGAGUCCAGGGCAACAUCUGUGUGGAUGUGAACGAGUGUGAAGAUCCGUCACAGUGUCCUGGUCAGGAGUGUUUGAACUCUCAGGGAUCGUAUCGGUGUGUGUCCUGCAGACCUGGAUUUGCUCUGAAAAAUGGAGCCUGUUCAGAUAUUGACGAAUGCCGUCAGACACCUUCUCCAUGUCAGAACGGGCUGUGUGAAAACACACUCGGCAGCUUCAGGUGUGUGUGCAGGACUGGAUACAGACUUCAGGGCGGCACCUGUACAGAUGUGAACGAGUGUGAAGAUCCGUCACAGUGUCCUGGUCAGGAGUGUUUGAACUCUCAGGGAUCGUAUCGGUGUGUGUCCUGCAGACCUGGAUUUGCUCUGAAAAAUGGAGCCUGUUCAGAUAUCGAUGAGUGUCGUCAGACUCCCGAUCUGUGUGUUAACGGUCGCUGUGAGAAUACGAUGGGAAGUUACAGCUGUUCGUGUCGCCCUGGAUUCAGACUGGAGGAAAACAUCUGCAAAGAUGUGAACGAGUGUGAAAAUGAGCUUCAGUGUCCAGGAAUGGAGUGUGUGAACUCGGUCGGGUCCUUUAAGUGUGUGUCCUGUAAGGCAGGAUUUCAGCUUCUUGAUGGCCAGUGCCAAGAUGUAGACGAAUGCAGUCGUACGCCGGGGCGCUGCACUAACGGUCAGUGUAAAAACACUCCGGGCAGCUUCAGAUGUGUGUGUGACGCGGGUUUCCACCUCCAGGAUGGCGUCUGCACAGACAUGGACGAGUGUGUGGACCCGCUGCAGUGUCCCGGUCAGCAGUGCGUUAAUUCUCCAGGAUCUUAUAAGUGUGUUCCCUGCAGAGACGGACACAGCAUGCAGAGCGGACGCUGCACAGACAUUGAUGAGUGUGUGAGUGGUCAAGUGUGUGGCGCUCAGAGUGUGUGUGUGAACACGGACGGCUCGUACCGCUGCGACUGUGCACCGGGAUACAGAGCGGCAGGACCGGGACGACAGUGCAGAGACAUUAACGAGUGUCUUGAAGGAGAUUUCUGCUUUCCGAGAGGAGAGUGUGUGAACACAGACGGAUCAUACAAGUGUGUUUGCUCACAAGGCUACAAGAGCGUCGCUAACGGGACGUCCUGCCAAGAUGUAAAUGAAUGUGCUCUGGAUGGAGUUUGUCAGGACGGUCGCUGCUCCAACACUGAGGGGUCAUUCCUGUGUCAUUGCCAGACCGGCUUCACCACCAACCCUGAGAAAACAGCCUGCCUCGAUGUGAAUGAGUGUCAGGACUCGGCAGGACUGAUAUGUGGAUCUCAGCGCUGUGAAAACACCAUUGGUUCCUUCCGCUGCGUGGCAUCCUGUGAGCCCGGAUACCAGAUCACCAGCACUGGAGAGUGUGUUGAUGUGAACGAGUGUGCGAACGAGACGGUGUGUGGAGAUCAUGCUUUUUGCCAGAACCUCAUCGGGACCUACCACUGUCUGUGUGACCAGGGCUACGAGUCCACCGGAGACGGCAAGAUCUGUAUAGACAUAAACGAGUGUGAGGCGAUGCAGGGUGUGUGUGGAUCUGCGCGCUGCUGGAAUGUCGAGGGCUCGUUCACGUGUGAAUGUGAGAACGGACAGGAGGAAUUUGACCCCAUUGCUGGCCGGUGUUUGAGCAGAGAGGGCACAGCAGGUGUAUCAGGAUCAUCAGGCAGAUCCUCUUCCUCGUCUGGCAGUGUAUCAUCAUCAUCCUCUGGAUCUCUGCCUCAGUCUCGUCCUGGAGAACAGAAGGAGUGUUACUACGGUAUUUCCCAGCCGUACUCCUGUAAGAUUCUGGCUGUGAACACCACACUGCAGGAGUGUUGCUGUACCGCUGGACAGGGCUGGGGACUCAUGUGCAAAUACGACGUCUGUCCUGAAGCUGGAACAGCUCAAUUCCAGACGCUGUGUCCCAAUGGAAAAGGCUACGUCACCACAGAAGCAGGAGCGUUCAACUACAAGGAUGUGGACGAGUGUAAGCUGUUUGAUCCGGAGGUGUGUAAAGGCGGUGUGUGUGUCAACAAUAUUCCCGGAUACGCCUGUUACUGUCCCAGCGGAUUCUACUACGACACGGAGCUGCUGGAGUGCACCGAUAAUGAUGAGUGUGAGAGUGAGGACACCUGCAGUGGUGGACGGUGUGUUAAUACACAGGGAACCUUUUACUGUACUUGUGAGCCCCCUCUAGUGCUGGACGACACACAGCGCAACUGUGUGAAUGCAAGCGGAUUCACUGAGGACGAGAGCCUGAACUUCUGCUGGCGUCACGUGACGGCCGGUCUGGUGUGUCAGAGUCCUCUGUUAGGAGCUCAGCUGAGCUUCUCUGAGUGCUGCUGUUUAUAUGGAGAGGCCUGGGGGCUGCAGUGCGCACUCUGCCCCCGCAGGGAUGAAGAGGCGUAUGAAGCUCUGUGUAAUGAGUUCGGCCCUCCUCCUUACUCUCCUCGAUAUUACGAUCGCUUCGGCCAGGGGCCUUUACCUGGCAGAGAAGGAUACCUGCCGCCGUACGGCCCGCCGGAGUUCCCAGAGCCCCUCCCGGGACGUCCCGACUACAUUCCUACUGACUAUGAUGACUACAGUCCUGCAGGAGGACACAGGUCUGGACUGAGAGAACGAACUCCUGGUUCAUACGGGCUCCCAGACCCAUCCUACAGACAGCCGGGCGGUGCUCGUUAUUAUGAAGAUGAUUAUGAUACGGCGCCUGGCCCUCCAUUCGGCGUCCCGGACCCUCGCGGCGAGCGGAUGUUUGAUGCACGACCCCUGCCACCCCGUGCAGACGGUCGUCCUCUGAGUUUGGCUCCACUUCCGGAAAACUCUCCAUACAGCGAAGUGGAGGAGGCGGAGUCAUGGAGAGCCCCGCCCCCUUUCCCAAUGUUCCCAGAACGACGGGAGGGGCCACGGAGACUCUAUGAGCGGCGAUAUGAUUCCUAUGGGAGCCUGAGUUCAGAAGAGUGUGGGAUUGUCCGUGGCUGUGAGAAUGGCCGCUGUAUCCGAGUCGAGGAAGGUUACACAUGUGACUGUUAUGACGGCUAUCAGCUGGACAUCACCACCAUGACAUGCAUAGAUGUGGAUGAGUGUGAAGAUGAAGACUCAGUGGAAUGCAUUAACAGCCGCUGUGUGAACACGGAGGGAUCGUACAGGUGUGUGUGUCUCAGGGGUUUCAUCCUGUCCCGCAGACCAAACCACUGCAUCCCUGCCUGAGGACUGCAACACUUCAGAGACUCGCUCCGUUUCUUCCCACACCACAUUGAUGUAAAUUGUUUAUUGUAUGACAGGUCUUGUGUGUUUAUCCAAAAGUCCAAUACUGAAGCUUUACACAUCACACACACACACAAGACUCUAUAAUUAGGGGUUCGAGCAUGUACAGUAGUGCUGAAGCCCUAUUGUAUUUGUUACGAUUUUACUAAAAAUUCUCUCUUUUCAUUGGUUGGACUGAAUGUGUGUUAUAAAAACUACUCGAGCUAGCAAGAACUCAAGAUUUUAUAUUUAAUUAUAUGAAUCCAUAUCAAUGAAGGCAUUUCCAUCUACACUAUAUAUAAAAAUAUCUAUUUUUGUCAUAUAUAAAUGUCUGACAAUUUCACCAUGUUACUAUUUGAAACUGUAAAUCUCUUUAAUUGUGUGUGUGUGUGUGUGUGUGUGUCACGUAACAAAAUGCACUGUAUCUGUGGUGGAAAAGCAAGUGUGUGUGUGUUUUCACACACUGCUAUUGUACAUUUUUUGAGUUUGUUACAUAUUUUUAUGUGUACGUGUUUGAUAUCUUCUAUGUGGAAGCCGUUUUAAAAUAUAUUUGCACACAUUCUGAUUAUUAUUAUAGUUAUUUUUGAA